CAAUAAGGUUCGCAAGCCGUAAUCAGUUUCUAGAGGUACAUUCUAUUUAUUAGCGGGGCGGGGAGAUAGCAAUAGGCACGCGGCCGAGCGUCGCGCACGUACUCGACUGGUGGCGCAUUGCCCCACAGUAUCACUACGCCGGGGAGACAUCAAGGACUGGACGCGCGGCAGCAGUGGCGGCAAGUUGUGACUGCGAGAGUUACUGGUAUUGCUAAGUGCAGCUGCGCUUAUGGGCAGCACGGUGUCCGCGCUGGUGUUCCAGCCACCGACGGCCACGUACGGAUACACGCGUCGCUACUUCUUCCUCGUGACUGCGAUGCACAACAGGAUCCCGGCGUUCUUUAUUCCAUGCGAGUAGGUUACAUUCUAUUGAGUGGGUCAAUUGGGAAACUCAACUCGGAAUAGGAUGCUUUGCUGACAUGGAACUCCCUGCAGUAAGGCUGAAUACACCGUGCUCUUCUCCCAUGGCAACGCAGAAGAUCUAGGAAUGAUCUACGAUUGGUUUCGCGAAGUGAGCAGGAGACUUCAGGCCAACGUAUUGUCUUAUGACUACUCUGGUUACGGCAUUAGCGAGGGUGAACCCAGUGAAGAGGCUUGUUUUGCCGACAUUGAAGCAGCGUUCGCGUAUCUUGUCAACGUGAAGAAGAUACCUCCAAGCAAAAUUAUUCUAUAUGGCAGGUCGCUCGGCUCUGGACCAACAACACAUCUCGCAGUAAAACAGUCGAGCUUGGACCAACCCGUAGCAGGCGUGAUACUUCAAAGCCCUGUGCUUUCCAUGUUCCGAGUGGUCUUCAACUUCCGCUAUACACUCCCAGGCGAUUUAUUCUGCAAUAUCGACAUCAUCGACCAGAUGCAAUCUCCUGUAACUAUUAUCCACGGCACUCGGGAUGAAGUGGUGCCCUUCUGGCACGGAGAAGGACUGUUCGAGAUGUGCCCUCAGGAGUGGAGAUGCAAGCCGUUGUGGGUCACAGACGCAGGUCACAACAACAUCGAAGCGUAUCUAAGCACGUUCGGCGAUGAAUUCUUUCAGCACCUAAUCGAGUUCGUGCAUGUUUGUCACGUGACAGCCACAAUUAGAGCCGCCGAAGCUGCCGAGCAGAAGGCGUUAAUGACUGGUAAAACGGUAUGAGCUCAAAAACUAGCAGAUAGAAGACGAAAUAGUACCUAAUAUUGAUCGAGAAAGCUGUGACAGCGAUAAGGCUGCCCACGUGAUACCUUUGCUCCAAAAACUGCUCCCACACAUGCAGAACACUGGACCGAGCAAGCGUGAGAACAGUAUGACGAGU